AUGACGACUGCUAACUUGCCGACAAAAACCCAUAUGCUAACUGAUAAACCUGUAGGUGCCCCCGCCAGUAGGGUACUGAGAGAAUCCGAAACAGAUGAAACGAAAAGCGAAGAGAGGAUGAUGAAUGCUGCUAUAGAAAAACUUACGAGUCUGGUUAAGGUGGGGACAUCGAGAACCAGUAAGAACGUGAACUGGAAGUCCUUGUUGACCGGGGAGCAACCAGCUGAUGAGGUUUUAAAGGUGUUUCAGCUUGAGAAUGGACUGGAAAGAGCUCUAACCAGUUCUAACUUAAAGGCUAUGGAAACCUAUGUGCAUGAAGUAAACAAGAUCAAUACAAACAACAAAGUGUCGGUGAUUGGAUUAUUCACGGCGCACUACGGAGACGAUGCAGUGGCGAAAGCACUCGUGACCGCGCAGAGUAAUGCAAAGACAACGGAUGAAUUGGCUACGAUAAGGCAGUUGCGGGAGGAUCAACUAUCAGCUUGGCUGAGCAGUGAGAAAUCUGUUGACAAUGUUUUCACGCUGCUAAAGCUUCGCGAGGAUGGAUACGCAGCUCUUGCCAGUCCGAAGAUGGAUGUGUUGGACGACUACAUGAAGCUGGUUAUCCGCACGAAUUCUGGCGAUGAAACUUUGCUCCAGACUUUAACGAAGGGUUUCGGUGGAGAAGAGAAACUAGCAAUGUUGCUGGUGCUUGCGAAAGAUGAUUCUCGGACGAGCGAGCUGGCGACUGCAUUGCAGAACGCACUACUAAACAAGUGGAUGGCAAGCAAGAUGCAGCCUGAAGGUGUGCUGACGACUCUCAAACUGGAUGGUGGCGUGAAAGACGCUCUUUUCAAUCAAAACCUACAUACUUUGACAGCUUUCAUCUCGAUGUACAACGCAAGGAAUCCAAGCAGCAAGACAUCGUUGAUUGAGACGUUUUCCGCGCAUUAUGGGGAUGGUGUGUUGGCAAAGGUUCUCUAUUCAUUGAGGUCUGACCAGGCUACACAAGUUCUGGCUUCUAAGCUGCAGAUGCAACAGUUCAAGUUGUGGCUCACCAGCAAGAAAUCAGCCGACGAUGUUUAUAAGCUGCUGAAGAUUAAAAUCGAUGAUUUCCUAGAAGAGAUUAACCCGAAGCUGCAGAUCUUGGACGAGUACGUUGCUGUACUCAAGGCUACGAACCCCCAAGUUAAAACUGAUAUGCUCGCAGUGGUUAGCAAUGGCUUCGGUGGUGAAGGCGUUCUCGCACGUAAAAUCGUUUCGAUGCUGAAGCAGUUAGAUUCGAUCAAUGUGGAUACUGUUACCUUUCCUGCUACCGAGUACCAGAAGGCGUUGUUUAAGCGUUGGUUCAGGAGCGACAUUAAGCCGAAAAGCAUUUACAGCCAAAUUCUUAAGGUGGACGAGCAUUACGCUACCACUGCGGACAUUGCGGUUGUAGACCGAUACACGACCUACUACAACAAGAAGAAUCAGCCUCCUAAUGUCUUCACAUUUAACGAUCCUAGGCGCUCUUAG